GGAAGUCUCCUUGAAAAUAAUGGCUUCCAGUGGUUACUUGAAGAAGAUGUUGAUGAGAAUGCCGUACAGAAGCCACUCCAAGAAGAGUUGGAUAUAGACGUAAAAGACAUUUAUUACAAACUGAGAUGUGUGAUGUUUCCACUUCCACAGCUGGGAUUUAACCGGAAAAUCGUAUGAGAUAACCCUGACUUUUGGGGACCCCUUGUCGUAAUUCUCCUUUAUUCAUUGGUUUCUCUCUAUUGUCAGUUCAGAGUUGUUUCCUGGAUCAUUACAAUAUGGGUGUUUGGAUCUCUGAUUGUUUUCACAUUGGCAAGAGUUCUCGGGGGAGAAGUAACUUAUUCACAGUGUUUGGGUGUGAUAGGAUAUUCCGUUUUACCACUAGUUAUUGUGGCCUCCAUAAUGCCAGUUGUUCAUUCUUUGCCACUUGUCAGUACUGUUUUCAAAUUCAUUGGUGUUGUGUGGGCAGCUUAUAGUGCUGGUUCUCUCCUCUGUGUUCAAGAGUUACAACAGAAGAG